AUGGCAGUGCAUAAAUCCCUUGGUUUUUCUGACUCUUCUAACGUUGUGACCCACUCAACAGUGACCUCCGGCACUAAUAGCUGUGUGCCUGCGGCGUCCAUUGUCGGUCCUUCCAGUGGUGAUUCUAUAGCAGCACUGUUCACACAAUUGAACAUCAGCAGCAACAAUGCUGCCUCAUUAACCUCUGUCCUGCAGGGGGUCAUACAGAACACAGUCGUUGCCGCUAUUCAGGAAGUGGCUACUGCUGCUCAAGGAGUCACUAUUGCAGCUCCUGCUGCUACCAUUCCACCUGUGGCCACUGCACCAUCUGUCAUCACUCCUCAUACCAUUCUGCUCAUGGCCACCACACUGGCAACUACUGCAAUCGCUUCCACCCCACCACUGGUUACCGCACCCCCGGUUGUUACUGCUGCAACUUACACGCGGACUCAUCACAGGGUGAUAUACAUCAUUCCUGAGCCCAAUUCUGUCAGUCCUUUCUACUGGAUCAGCCAUGGGCGUCGCAUUGGUGUUGUUGCAACUUGGCAACAGACAUCUAGUUAUGUGCCUGGGGUGAGCCGUUCAUCCUAUUCCAGAGUUCGCACUGUUGCUCAGGGGAUUAGAUUGAUUGAGGAAGCAAUUGACCGCAGGGAUACCGAAGUAAUCGAAUGA